AUGAGCAUGUUGGACUUCAAUGGGAGAAUGGGUCUGACCUUGGGCCUUAAUGGUGAUAGUGGGUCUUCAGUAACUUGGUUCGAGGCCGGGUUUGGGGCCUCAUUCCUGGGGAAGACACCUCCAGGGACCCCGCUGGUCCUGGAGGUCUUCAGGCCGGGUUUGAGGCCUCAUUCCUGGGGUUGGGACCUCCAGGGACACCCCCCCUGGUCCCUGGAGGUCUCCAGGCCGGGUUUGGGGCCUCAUUCCUGGGGUUGGGACCUCCAGGGACCCCGCCUGUCCUGGAAGUCUCCAGGCCAGGUUUGGGGCCCCAUUCCUGGGGAAGAUACCUCCAGGGACCCCGCUGGUCCUGGAGGUCUCCAGGCCGGGUUUGGGGCCUCAUUCCUGGGGAAGAUACCUCCAGGGACCCCGCUGGUCCUGGAGGUCUCCAGGCCGGGUUUGGGGCCUCAUUCCUGGGGUUGGGACCUCCAGGGACCCCGCUGGCUGGGUUUGGGGCCUCAUUCCUGGGGUUGGGACCUUCAGAGACACCCCCCUGGUCCUGGAGGUCUCCAGGCCGGGUUUGGGGCCUCAUUCCUGGGGUUGGGACCUCCAGGGACACCCCCCCUAGUCCCUGGUCCCUGGAGGUCUCCAGACCGGGUUUGGGGCCUCAUUCCUGGGGUUGGGACCUCCAGGGACCCCGCUGGUCCUGGAGGUCUCCAGGCCGGGUUUGGGGCCUCAUUCCUGGGGUUGGGACCUCCAGAGACCCCGCUGGUCCUGGGCUGGGUUUGGGGCCUCAUUCCUGGGGUUGGGACCUUCAGGGACACCCCCCUGGUCCUGGAGGUCUCCAGGCCGGGUUUGGGGCCUCAUUCCUGGGGUUGGGACCUCCAGGGACACCCCCCUGGUCCUGGAGGUCUCCAGGCCAGGUUUGGGGCUUCAUUCCUGGGGAAGAUACCUCCAGGGACCCCGCUGGUCCUGGAGGUUUCCAGGCCGGGUUUGGGGUCUCAUUCCUGGGGUUGGGACCUCCAGGAACACCCCCCUGGUCCUGGAGGUCUCCAGGCCGGGUUUGGGGCCUCAUUCCCGGGGAAGAUACCUCCAGGGAUCCCGCUGGUUCUGGAGGUCUCCAGGCCGGGUUUGGGGCCUCAUUCCUGGGGCUGGGUUUGGGGCCUCAUUCCUGGGGUUGGGACCUUCAGGGACACCCCCCUGGUCCUGGAGGUCUCCAGGCCGGGUUUGGGGCCUCAUUCCUGGGGUUGGGACCUCCAGGGACACCCCCCUGGUCCUGGAGGUCUCCAGGCCAGGUUUGGGGCUUCAUUCCUGGGGAAGAUACCUCCAGGGACCCCGCUGGUCCUGGAGGUCUCCAGGCCGGGUUUGGGGUCUCAUUCCUGGGGUUGGGACCUCCAGGAACACCCCCCUGGUACUGGAGGUCUCCAGGCCGGGUUUGGGGUCUCAUUCCCGGGGAAGAUACCUCCAGGGACCCCGCUGGUCCUGGAGGUCUCCAGGCCGGGUUUGGGGUCUCAUUCCUGGGGUUGGGACCUCCAGAAACACCCCCCUGGUCCUGGAGGUCUCCAGGCCGGGUUUGGGGCCUCAUUCCCGGGGAAGAUACCUCCAGGGAUCCCGCUGGUCCUGGAGGUCUCCAGGCCGGGUUUGGGGCCUCAUUCCUGGGGUUGGGACCUCCAGAGACCCCGCUGGUCCUGGGCUGGGUUUGGGGCCUCAUUCCUGGGGUUGGGACCUCCAGGGACACCCCCCCUGGUCCCUGGAGGUCUCCAGGCCGGGUUUGGGGCCUCAUUCUUGGGGAAGAUACCUCCAGGGACCCCGCUGGUCCUGGAGGUCUCUGAGACCCCCCAGAGGUCUGACGCCCGAGGCCGGUCCUCUGAGACCCGGCCCCGGACCUCUGAGACCCGGCCCCGGACCUCUGAGACCCGGCCCCGGACCUCUGAGACCCGGCCCCGGAGGUCUGAGAUCCCCCGGAGGUCUGAGGCCCCAGGCCGGACCUCUGAGAGCCCCCGGAGGUCUGACACCGGAGCCCGGAGGUCCCAGAGCCCAGUAUGGGGCCUCGUUCCCGGGUUGUUACACUCUCAUUGA